AUGGCCACUUCCUUCGUGCACACAGUCGACGCUACAGCUUCGGGCCCCAGACCGGGCUUACUCGACACCGAAGUUGUCAAGCCAACUGGUCAGCAUUGGUUGCUUCAAUUUCCUUGCCGGCUUCCUUCUCUAGUGGUUUCUCCUCCUGCCCCUCCUCCAUCUCAGCCCCAGUCAGCCCCGGUGUAUUUUCCCCUUAGGUCAUCUCUGUCAUCCGUCAAUUUUGUCCCAUCCCAGUCUUCAGCUCCCCCUACCUUCGUCACCUCGAUUCCCACAACCACCACAACGAUUGCUUCUUCCACCUCUUCAGCGCUCAAUUCGCCGACGCCAGUACCACUGCCUCCGCCCCCGAUGUGCUCCCGGUCUGGCAGUCACCAGCGUCGCUUAACUUCUGUCCGACAUUCGUCUUUCAACCCGUCGAGGGCGCUUCAGGGCGGUUUUGCUAAGACAACCUCCUACGAAAUCGUGAGUACUCCCGCCGAACCAUCGCCGACGUCCCCGUCACCGAGUGAAUCCUCGUCGAAUAGAGACUCCUCUCUGUUUUAUUCCGGCAAUGACUGUGUGAGCGAGACGAUAGAUGACCCAUUUUCACAAGAUUUGAAAGCCUAUGGCGUUCAGGAAUGCUCUAACCGAUUUUGGACUCAGUAUCCCUCUAGUUUAGCCUCUUUUCCUUCUGUCUGUCCCUCCACCUCUUCUGCCACUUCUUUAUCCUUCCGUUCCCAUGCUUUACGGUGUUUGGACUCCAAAUGCUCACCUUCGGACCAAUACAGUCGCCAGCCCCUUCAGGAGUACUCUUGUCCCACACGGCUGUCCAAUCGUUGGCCACCUUAUUGGCCCGUAUCCGGUCUUUCCAAUAGUCCCGAUGAUCCUGCUUCCACCUUUGGUCUGUACCACCAACAGCUGCCGGAAGCCAAGGUGCAAUCCUGCUACUUGCCUGGCCAGGGCAGCUUUGGUUGUGUAGACCAGGCGGGUGUCGCCUCUUCCGUCGCUAUGUCAUUGUCUCUGAACCCGGUAACUACCCCUCCACAGGCUGCCUGGACUGAUGCGGCUUGUUCGGUAAGAGCUUGA